AUGUAUUAUCUACUCUUUAAUGCUUUGGGAAAUGUUCAAAAGAUGUAUUCUUUAUGUCAUUGGCUUUCCUUUUAUCAGGGCAUCUAUACAAGUGGAAUUACCUUUAGCCCUUUGGUGAACUCUUGUUCUUAGGAAUAAAUAGGACUAACUCAUUUGAGUUGACUUUGUAAAUCAGAAAGUAGAUACUUUCUCAUUUUUUUAAAGCAUAUACAUUAAAAUGUAUAAAAUAGAGUUUAACUUACAUCUUUUUGAAUUUUAUUGUUUUUUUUUUUUUUUUUUACUCACCAUUAUACUAAUGAGAAUUUAACUAACAUUUUUAAACUGGUAAUACGAAACAAAUUUGAAAACUGGUCGCUCAAGUAAUAAUAGCUCUUCUUGGAAGACUAAAGAUACUUUCAAAGCUAUUUAAUAGGCAUACUCUUUCUCUGAGUCAAGUGAGCUAGAACAGGGGGCAGCAUUUAAUUUGUGAGGAAAUUAAAGCAGGAAAGUCUCUCAUGAAAUUGUGAAACAACAUCUCCUAGUGGUGUAAGUAGCAAUCUAGACUUUGUUGUUUCUCACAUAGAUGUGGAUCACUCUGAAUUGUUUGCCUUGCAAAGAACCAGCUACAACGUUAUAAACGGGUCUUUGUGGUUUACAUGAAAUUAGAUCUAUGAAGUAUUUUUAAAUUAUGAAGAUGACUUGUUUUAAGUUAUUUUAGUUACUUCAAAAUAAUUUUUUAAUGCUUGCAGAUCAUUUUUUAAAUUUAACAAUGUACACACAAAGCGAAACUAUUAGUAGAUUUAAUAUGAACCUCUCAUGGUUAAAGUGCAGUUCAUUUGCUGUAUAAUUUUUUAAAGAAAUCUAGUUAAUAUUCAGGAAGUCAGAUCCUUAAACUGAGAAAUUACUAAGAAAAAUAAUUUUGCUACAAUUAUCAUUCAUAAGAGACCUUCUGUUUUGAAACCAUUUGUUACAGUGGAGUAGCAUGUGUACUUAAACUCUGUUAGAAGUAUGUUUGUUUGUUUAAGGUUACAACUGAUACUACUUAGCAGUGUUCUUUUUAAUUUUUGAGGGCUUCAGGGAACAUGGUUACUGUCAACACAAGUAUUUUCAUAAGACCUAGAGCAGUGGUUCUGAACCUCCCUAAUGCCGUGACCCUUUAAUACGGUUCCUCAUGUUGUGGUGACCCCCAAGCAUUAUGUUCGUUAUGCUUUAUAACUAACUGUAGCAAAACUAAUUUUGCUACUGUUAUGAAUCAUAAUGUAAAUAUCUGACAUGCAGGGUGUAUUUUCACUGGUCACAAUCCACAGGUUGAGAACCACUGACUUAGAGUAUCCUUUAUGUUCUGCUUGGUCCCUUAGGAAAACAUGAAAAGUAGAAGGGAAUCCCUCCCCCACUUACCAUGAAUUCUUACUUGCUUUUCUUUUUGAGCUAAUUUCUAAAGACUUCCCUUAAUUAGGAAACAUUUUCUUUUUCUAAAAGUUUAUCAUUGUAAUCUUCUAUACUUUUCAAGUAACUUUAAUGAAAUCAACACCCUUCGAAUAAGCGACUGCAAGGUAAUCAAAGUUUAUGUCAGAGGACAGUGGUAAAAAUUAAAUUAUUUAACUGGUGGAAACUUAGUUGAAACUGGCUUUAAUUCUGCAUCUUUUCUAAGCAACUAGAAUAAUGUUUCUCAAAGUGUAAGUCUGGUUCCAUGACAUUUGGUUAGCUAAGUUUAGAAACUCUGACUCUGUCUUCUCCCACCUCCUCUCCCCCCUUAACAAUUCUGCAUUAAAGAAGCUUGUUUCACCCAUCAUUUCUGAGAUGUUUUACCAUGGAAACCAUUUUCAAUAGAACUGCCAUUAAGUUCCCCUAAACACAAUUGAAGAAAAACUAGUCUAGCAUUAGUUAUGUUUAUUUCAGUGUGAUAACUUCACAAUUAAACUUUCUUAACUCCUAGAUUCACUGACUAUAAUUAAAAUGAAAAAUUACAGGGCCACCAUCCACAGCUCUUUUCAAUGACACUUAGUGUAUUUUCUAAAGAAGUUUUAAAGGCAUAGUUAGAAGCAAUCCUGUUCCAAAGUUAAUGAAAUUAUAAAAAUUCUACAUAAAAUUUAGCAACUUAACAUUCUACCAUUGUUUUGGGAUUUUCUUAUAUUGGGUUCUCAAUCAGUGCACGUCUGUUACCUGAGAAGUUGACAAUUUAUACAACAUUAGUGGGACUACUCAAUGCCAGAAAUUACAACUUUGGUGGAGAAUUUGUAGAAGCUAUGAUUCGUCAACUUAAAGAAUCACUGAAAGCAAACAGUUAUAAUGAAGCUGUGUAUUUGGUGCGACGAGACUGGUAUGUUUAUGCAUUUCUGUCAUCUUUGCCCUGGGUUGGAAAGGAGUUGUACGAAAAGAAAGAUGCAGAGAUGGACCGCAUCUUUGCCAACACUGAAAGCUAUCUUAAAAGACGCCAAAAGACACAUGUGCCCAUGUUACAAGUAUGGACUGCUGAUAAACCACAUCCACAAGAAGAGCAUCCUGUGUGAAGCCCUACAGCACAAUCUGCCUCCUUUUACACCACCUCCUCACACUGAAGAUUCAGUGUACCCGAUGCCAAGGGUCAUCUUCAGAAUGUUUGAUUACACAGAUGAUCCUGAGGGUCCUGUUAUGCCAGGAAGUCAUUCAGUGGAAAGAUUUGUAAUAGAAGAGAAUCUUCACUGCAUCAUUAAGUCUCAUUGGAAGGAAAGGAAGACCUGCGCUGCACAGCUAGUGAGCUAUCCAGGGAAGAACAAGAUCCCCUUGAACUACCACAUAGUUGAGGUGAUUUUUGCAGAGCUUUUUCAGCUUCCAGCACCCCCUCACAUUGAUGUGAUGUAUACUACACUUCUCAUUGAAUUGUGCAAACUUCAGCCAGGCUCUCUACCCCAAGUUCUUGCACAGGCAACUGAAAUGUUAUACAUGCGUUUGGACACAAUGAAUACUACAUGUGUAGACAGGUUUAUUAAUUGGUUUUCUCAUCAUCUAAGUAACUUCCAGUUCCGUUGGAGCUGGGAAGAUUGGUCAGAUUGUCUUACUCAAGAUCCUGAAAGUCCCAAACCAAAGUUUGUAAGAGAAGUUCUAGAAAAAUGUAUGAGGUUGUCUUACCAUCAGCGUAUAUUAGAUAUUGUUCCUCCUACCUUCUCAGCUCUAUGUCCUGCAAACCCAACCUGCAUUUACAAGUAUGGAGAUGAAAGUAGCAAUUCUCUUCCUGGACAUUCUGUAGCCCUUUGUUUAGCUGUUGCCUUUAAAAGUAAGGCAACCAAUGAUGAAAUCUUCAGCAUUUUGAAAGAUGUACCAAAUCCUAACCAGGAUGAUGAUGAUGAUGAAGGAUUCAGUUUUAACCCUUUGAAAAUAGAGGUCUUUGUACAGACUCUGCUACAUUUGGCAGCCAAGUCAUUCAGCCAUUCCUUCAGUGCUCUUGCAAAGUUUCAUGAAGUCUUCAAGACCCUCGCUGAAAGUGAUGAAGGAAAGUUACAUGUGCUAAGAGUUAUGUUUGAAGUCUGGAGGAACCAUCCACAGAUGAUUGCUGUCCUAGUGGAUAAGAUGAUUCGUACACAGAUUGUUGACUGUGCUGCAGUAGCAAAUUGGAUCUUCUCUUCAGAACUAUCUCGUGACUUUACUAGAUUGUUUGUUUGGGAAAUCUUGCACUCUACAAUUCGUAAGAUGAAUAAACAUGUUUUGAAAAUCCAGAAAGAACUAGAAGAAGCGAAAGAGAAACUUGCAAGGCAGCACAAACGGCGAAGUGAUGAUGAUGACAGAAGCAGUGACAGGAAAGAUGGAGCUCUUGAGGAGCAAAUAGAAAGACUGCAGGAAAAAGUGGAAUCUGCUCAGAGUGAACAAAAGAACCUCUUCCUGGUCAUAUUUCAGCGUUUUAUCAUGAUCUUGACUGAGCACUUAGUACGAUGUGAAACUGAUGGGACCACUGUGUUAACACCAUGGUAUAAGAACUGUAUAGAGAGGCUCCAGCAGAUCUUUCUACAGCAUCACCAGAUAAUCCAGCAGUACAUGGUGACCCUGGAGAACCUUCUUUUCACUGCUGAAUUAGACCCUCAUAUCCUGGCUGUGUUCCAGCAGUUCUGUGCCCUGCAGGCCUAAGGGUUAUUUUUUCCCCCUCUUGUCAAGAUUUUUAAAAAAUAUCUUAAAAUAAUUUGUCUUAUUUUUGAUGGUUUGAAUGCUUGCUUUCUCGUAGUAUCCUUUCACUUCUUAAAGGAAACAAAAGGACAGUGAAGAAUAUGACUUUACUUGUAAUUGUUUCUAAAAAGGAAAUAUCUCCUAAUGACAGUAAUGUGAAAACAGCCAUGAUGUAUUAUAUAUAUGAUACAACUUUUCUGUGAUCAAUUUGGUAUUUUUUCUCUUUAAGGCACAAAAUAACUGAUUUAAGGUAUGUGAUACAUUAGAGAUCAAGCUUACAUAGUAUAUAGAAUUGAUGGGUUUGUUACUAAGUAGCAUAGCUUUUGACAGCUUGUGGAUAACUUAACGUGGCUGAAAUAAAACUAAAAGUAUGUUUUUUAAA